ACAGCAGCAAUGCAGGGCUAUUCAUCCUGGCGGCGCGACGCAGGCGGCUGCUGAGCCAGGCUGCGGGGGAGCUGGGGCCGCGCCGAGGGGAUGGUGCUGGAGGGCAGCCCCGAGGCCGUCAGCUCCCAGUCCCUGGAUCUGCGGCGAUCCUGCCCCAAGGGCUCCCGGAUCUUCCCCUCUGCUGGAGAGGGCUCCCUGCUGCACAAAGAGGCUGUGAAGUAUGGAGAGCUCAUUGUGCUGGGAUACAAUGGCUCCCUGGCCAGUGGGGACAAGGGCCGACGCCGCAGCCGCAUCGCACUCUUCAAGAGGCCAAAGGCCAAUGGGGUGAAGCCAGACGUGAUACACCACAUCUCCACCCCCCUUGUCUCCAAGGCACUCAGUAACAAGGGCCAGCACAGCAUCUCCUACACGCUGUCCCGCAGCCACUCCGUGAUUGUGGAAUAUACUCAUGACUGUGAUACGGACAUGUUCCAGAUUGGCCGCUCCACGGAGAACAUGAUUGACUUUGUGGUGACGGACACGGCACCUGGGGGCAGCUGCGCCAGUGAGGGGCAGUCGGCCCAAAGCACUAUCUCACGCUAUGCCUGCCGCAUCAUCUGCGAGCGCAGCCCUCCCUACACCGCCCGGAUCUAUGCCGCAGGCUUCGACUCCUCACGCAACAUCUUCCUUGGAGAGAGGGCGGCCAAGUGGAGGACGCCGGACGGGCUGAUGGAUGGGCUGACGACCAAUGGGGUGCUGGUGAUGCACCCCAUAGGGGGCUUCAAUGAGGACUCAGCACCCGGGGUCUGGCGUGAGAUCUCGGUGUGUGGGAAUGUGUACGCCCUGCGCGACAGCCGCUCCGCGCAACAGCGGGGGAAGCUGGUGCAGACCGAGUCCAACGUGCUGCAGGACGGCUCGCUCAUCGACCUGUGCGGGGCCACACUGCUGUGGCGGACCACAGCGGGGCUGCUGCUGACGCCCACCCUCAAGCAGCUGGAGGCACUGCGCCAGGAGACCAAUGCUGCCCGCCCCCAGUGCCCCGUGGGCUUCAACACGCUGGCCUUCCCCAGCCUGGCCCAGCGUGGAGUAGUGGACAAACAGCAGCCCUGGGUCUAUGUCAACUGCGGCCACGUCCAUGGCUACCACAACUGGGGCUUUCGCAAGGAGAAGGGGGGGAUGGAGCGGGAGUGCCCCAUGUGCCGCCGAGCUGGGCCCUACGUGCCGCUCUGGCUGGGCUGCGAGGCCGGGUUGUACUUGGACGCAGGCCGGCCCACCCAUGCCUUCUGCCCCUGCGGCCACGUCUGCUCCCAGAAGACUGUGCAGUACUGGGCCCAGAUCCCGCUGCCCCACGGCACCCAUGCCUUCCAUGCUGCCUGCCCCUUCUGCGGCACCUGGCUCACAGGCGAGCGGGGAUUUGUGCGUCUCAUCUUCCAGGGCCCCAUGGACUGAGCCUGGGGACUCAGCAGGGGAAUGUGGACUAAGCAGAUGGGGUGGGGUGGGGCCCGGGGACUCAGCAGGGGCGGGGCCCAUGGACUGAGCCAGCGUACCUGGCAGGGGCUGUGAACUGAAUGGGGAGCCAGGCAGGAGCAUAAGUGGAGAAGGAGCCUGUGGCCGAAGCAUGUGUGUGCGUGUGGCGAAGUGAAGCCUGUGGCCUGAGCGGGGGGACAUGGCAUGGCUCUUUGGACAGAGUAGGGGCUGGGGCAGGUGCGCGGGGGUGCCCAUGGACUGAGUGUGAGUGACCAAUAAAACAGCAAAAAACCUGGGGAGGAGGAAACUAUCUACAAAGACUAAACAGGGGUGUGUCCGUGUGUCACUUCCUGCCUGCCCCCAGAUGGACAGAUGGACCCAACUGCCCUGCCCUG